CGAUGUGCAUGUGCAUGACUCUUAUAAAAGAGAUACAUGUAACUUGUAAGUUGCGUGCUCAACUCUCGACAUCACGUUCCUCCGAUUCUUAAAUAUUCAUUGGCUACAAUAAAACUCGUAAAAGUACCUUAGGUAGGCUUAUGGCUCUACAAUGACGGAUACCGAGAUGAUAAUCGACCCGCAGAGAGCCGCUGCUCUAGUUUCGCAGAUCAAAACCGUGCGAGAGCGAAUCGCCGCCGUAGCUAAGGGCCGGGAUGUCCGCCUAGUUGCCGUCUCAAAGCUGAAGCCAGCCAACGACAUCCUCGCGUUGGUGCAGCAGGCCUCGCCGCCGCAGCUUCACUUCGGCGAGAACUAUGCCCAAGAGCUGAGCCAGAAGGCCGAGCUGUUGCCACGCAAUAUACAGUGGCAUUUCAUCGGCGGCCUACAGUCUGGGCACUGCAAAUCCCUCGCCAAAAUCCCCAACCUCUUCUGCGUAUCGAGCAUCGACAGCGAGAAGAAAGCCCAACUCCUCGACAAAUACCGCGGGGAAUUUCUCUCCAAUCCCUCUUCGUCUUCUUUCUCUCCCGACUCCCCACCCGUUCCCGUACCCGGCAAGAUCAACGUCCACGUCCAAGUCAACACCUCGGGCGAGCCCACGAAAUCCGGCUGCGCGCCGGGCCCCUCCACCGUAGCCCUGUGCCGCGCCGUCCGCGCCCUGCCGAACCUGCACCUGCUGGGGCUCAUGACCAUCGGCGCCAUCGCGCGGAGCAUGGCCACCGCUACCACCCCCGCCGACCCCGCCGACCCCGACGCCCCCGUGAACGAGGACUUCGCCUGCCUGCGCCAGCAGCGGGACCUCGUCGCCGCCGAGCUGGGGCUGGACCCCGAGACGCUCGAGCUCAGUAUGGGCAUGAGCGAGGACUUCGAGGGCGCCAUCGUCGCCGGCAGCAGCGAGGUGCGCGUCGGGAGCACCUUGUUCGGCGCCAGGGGGCCCAAGAGCGAGGCCAAGAUUAAGGUCUAACACUUUGUUUUGCACAUGUACCUUACCAUACGUAGCAUAGCGGUGAAGAUGGUUAGGAGAGGAGCCUUAGUGGGUGUGUAUACCCAUAGGCCUACCACGGGGGGAUAUCCAGGGGAAAGCAUUUGCAUUGCCUAGGACUGAUAGAGACUUAGACCAUAAAACACACUGAGAAUUAAACAACGUAUUACCAAGCAUAAAG